UGUAGGAAUUAAAGUAUAGCAAAGCUGAAGCACACUGUCCGGCUUUUGGUGAACAGAGUUAAACUGUAGACCACACUAAUUAUGACACAGCACUGCUUGGCCACUAAAGGUUAUGGAAACACUAGAUGCUGGUUUUGUUUGAACCAAUCUUACAUUGCCACACUAAACCUAACGGUUUUGCUUGAGGGGGUUAAUUUCCAAAUUUACUGUGUUGUCUAGUUCUGUUAUGUCUGGAGUAGCUGAGCUUUGGGAUGAGUUAAAGCCCCCUAUCUGUUGCUCAAAAGGGUAAAACAAAGCUGCCCUGCCCUGACCUGACCUGGGAAGGUCAUCCCUAUAAAUGAUUUAUGGGACCCUGACUUAUGAUAUCAUCCUUAUAAAUGUUGAGUUUGCUUAGGAUUAAGAUGGAUUUUGUUGAAUAAUGAAAAGAUUCCACUACAAACAGCCUCAUCCCUCUAGCAUGAUUGUUUCUCAAAUUAUAAAUGUCUUUGUUCUACUUUUUCUUUUUCUUAAUAUCUUAGUAUAUUUUAGUUUCAAUAUUUGUAGUAGUCCUGAGACAAGUAUGUUACUGAAGAGCAGGAGGUUUAAACAUCUCAUUCACCAUCUUGCUUAUCCAGAACUUAGAAUUCAAAAUGAGAAAUUGUGAUUCUGUUCUGCAGCCUGUAUGAUCAUCUAGCUUCAGCACUUUCUUGUUAUCCUUACGGUCCCACCUUGAACUACAAAAAUGCCUCACUGGCAGAAAAAAGACCCUGAACAGAAGCAUAUGAUCUCGAGGAAACCUCUUCGGGACUCCAUGAAUCAGCAUUCACAAUCCCAAAUAUCAAAUGGUUGCUGGGAUAUCUCAGAAAUAGCAAAAAAGAGUGAAGGAAGGAGAAAGGGACGAAGAAGAGGGAAAGGGACAAAUGUGGGAAGGUUGCAGGAUACAAAGCUUGAGCUCAGUGUCGGAUUUCCGGCUUCGUCAAACAAAAGUCUCAUGUUCCACCGCAGGCCUGGCUUUGGCCAAUUGGGUACCAAGUGCUUGGUGAAAGCCAAUCAUUUUCUUGCAAAGAUAUCAGAAGAGCACCUAACUCAGUAUAGUGUUACAAUAACCCCUGAAGUUACUUCCACUAAAAUUAACAAAGCUAUCAUAAGCCACUUAGUGAAACUUUAUAGAGAUAGUGAAUUGGGGAUGAUGCUCCCUGUUUAUGAUGGUAGAAGAGCCCUUUACACAGCUGGAAUUCUGCCUUUUACCGCAAAAGAAUUCUCUGUAACUUUGGACAAUGACAAUGAGUGGAAUGGCAUCACAAAGGCACGAGAAUUUAAAGUGACAAUAAAUUUUGUAGCUCAUGCUAAUAUGCUUCAAUUACGUGAACUUCUUUCUGGGAAACAAGUUGAUACCCCUCAAGAAGCGAUUAAGAUCAUGGAUAUUGUGUUAAGUGAACUUGCAGCACAAAGGUAUUUAUCAGUUGGGAGAUUCUUCUACUCUCCUAAAAUUAAGCCACCACAGCGACUGGGUAACGGCAUACAAUCGUGGCGUGGCUUCUACCAGAGUAUAAGACCUACACAGAUGGGAUUGUCACUGAAUAUCGACAUGUCCUCAACUGCAUUUAUCGAACCACUCCCUGUUGUUGAUUUUGUUGCUCAAGUUUUGGGUAAAGAUGUAUGCUCAAGACCACUGUCAGAUGCAGAUCGUAUUAAGGUUAAAAAAUCCCUUAGAGGUGUCAAAGUGGAAGUUACACAUAGGGGAAAUAUGCGAAGGAAAUACCGGAUUUCAGGGUUGACAUCACAGCCAACGAGGGAACUAGUUUUCCCGGUUGAUGAGGAAAAGAACAUGAAAUCAGUUGUUGAGUAUUUCCAAGAGAUGUAUGGAUUUACCAUUCAACAUUCCCAUCUACCUUGCCUACAAGUAGGAAAUCAACGGAAAGUCAAUUAUUUACCGAUGGAGGCCUGCAAGAUAGUUGAGGGACAGAGAUACACAAAAAGGCUGAAUGAAAAGCAGAUAACUUCUUUGUUAAAAUUUUCAUGCCAAAGACCUCGUGACCAGGAAAUGGAUAUUUUGCAGACGAUUCAGGAGAAUACAUAUAAUCAAGAUCCCUAUGCGAAGGAGUUUGGCAUAACUGUAGAUGACAAGCUUGCAUCAGUUGAGGCUCGAGUUCUUCCAGCCCCAUGGCUCAAAUACCAUGAUAGUGGAAAAGAAAAGGAAUAUUUACCUCAACUUGGUCAGUGGAAUAUGAUGAAUAAGAAAGUGGUAAAUGGGAGCUCCGUAAAUCACUGGGCUUGUAUCAACUUCUCGCGAAAUGUCCAAGACAGCACAGCUCGUGACUUUUGUCAUCAAUUAGUCCAGAUGUGCCGAGUCUCUGGAAUGGAAUUCAACUGCGAGCCUGUGAUUCCAAUCUAUUCUGCUAGACCAGAACAAGUAAAGAAGGCUUUGAGAUAUGUGUAUAAUGCUGCUGCAAACAAACUUGGAGGGAAAGAAUUGGAGUUACUUAUUGCCAUUCUUCCAGACAACAACGGAUCUCUGUAUGGUGAUCUGAAACGAAUGUGUGAGACAGAUCUGGGGUUGAUUUCUCAAUGCUGUCUUACUAAGCAUGUCUUCAAGAUUAGCAGACAAUACCUGGCAAAUGUGUCACUGAAAAUUAAUGUCAAGAUGGGAGGAAGAAAUACUGUGCUUUUAGAUGCCUUACGUUGGCGAAUUCCUUUGGUAAGUGACAUUCCAACAAUAAUCUUUGGAGCUGAUGUGACUCAUCCAGAGACUGGAGAAGACUGUAGUCCAUCGAUUGCUGCUGUUGUAGCCUCUCAAGACUGGCCAGAAGUUACGAAGUAUGCUGGUUUGGUAUGUGCUCAGCCCCAUCGACAAGAACUUAUUCAUGAUUUGUUCAAAACCUGGCAAGAUCCUCAACAGGGUACAGUUACUGGAGGCAUGAUCAGAGAACUUUUACUAUCCUUCAAGAAAGCCACUGGACAAAGACCUUUGAGGAUAAUAUUUUACAGGGAUGGUGUCAGUGAUGGGCAAUUCUACCAGGUUCUGCUAUAUGAGCUGGAUGCAAUUCGAAAGGCUUGUGCAUCACUGGAACCUAGCUACCAACCUCCGGUAACAUUCAUAAUUGUCCAAAAGCGUCACCACACUCGACUCUUUGCAAACAACCACAAUGACAGAAGCAGCAUUGACAAGAGUGGGAAUAUCUUACCUGGCACUGUGGUGGAUACUGAAAUUUGUCAUCCUACUGAGUUUGACUUCUAUCUAUGCAGUCAUGCAGGAAUCCAGGGGACCAGUCGACCGGCUCAUUAUCAUGUUCUCUGGGAUGAGAACAAUUUUACCGCAGAUGAGAUCCAGUCUCUGACAAACAACCUCUGUUAUACGUAUGCUCGGUGCACAAGAUCUGUUUCUGUAGUGCCACCUGCAUAUUAUGCUCACCUGGCAGCCUACCGAGCUCGAUUCUACAUGGAACCAGAUGUCCAUGAUAAUGUGUCAAUGCAUGGCACUCGCACAAUGAAUAAAUCAUGUGUCCGGCCCCUACCUGCAUUGAAAGAGAAGGUGAAGAAUGUGAUGUUUUAUUGUUAGAGAAAAAGAAAAUAGGAAGAAAUGGGAGAGAGAUUUGUACAUGAUUUUGUGUUCAUAUUGUAGAGAAAUGAUGCACCAUGAAUUUUUCUAGUCUGUCAGACAAAUCUUUGCCCCUUCAGUGUGUUUUAUAAAGGAACUACUUUUGAGCUGUA